AUGGGUUGUAUAUGCUCUAAGUGUUGUCCGACUUCUGGGGAGGAGAAUGGCGCCGACAAUGCACGGGUGUCCGAACAGAAGCCGAGCUCGCGACGAAAUAAACAAAACACGGUAGUGAGCACUGGUUAUCCUCUCGAUGUCAACCCCGGCCAACCUUCGAAGAAUCAAUCCACUCACACCGAAGACUCCAUAACAUCUUCGGACACCUCUAUACCCCCAGUCGCUGAUUACGCCGGAACGGCUCCUUACCCGGCCAAUUCUGUGGCUGGCCACACGGUCUUUGAAGCACGACCCUUGGAUACUCAGAGGUCUGAGAAUCUUACUCCUCCAUCAGAUGUCACUCCAGACCAACCCGAGAAGAAUCUAUUCACUCUCACCGAAUCCUCCAUGACGGCUUCCGAUACCUCUACGUCCCCUCCUACUAACCAAGUCGCGAUACUUACCACAUACAUCCCAGAUAUUAUGACCGGCCCUACAGUUGCCGAAUCACAGCCACCCGAAGCUGAAACCGAAAAGAGGCCAUCAGUUCUGUGGGAAAAGGCAUUUACCAAAAUACGAGAGCCAAACAAUGGCCACUCAGGGGAUGAGACAUUUCCUAAAGGGUCAUUGGUUGAAAACAUCAUCAACGAUUUGAAAGAGAGAAAGGAACAAUGCGACGAUAAGCGAUGGUUUAUUAUAAAGGAUGACAGGAAGGUCUUUAUCGUCGACAAUCUUCUGGUACAACUAAAUAAAUAUGCAGCAAUUGGUGACAUUGCCCUUCAACACAACCCGGAGGUAGUCGCCCUAGUCUGGGCAGGCUUUCGAGGACUUCUCCAGGCUGGAAUUGCAUACGUCAAUCUGAUGCGCUCAGUAUCCGAAAGUUUGGAUUACCUGGUGGAGCUUCUCUGCUGCUGCGAUAUAUACGAGAAGCUAUACUGCAAUACCAAGUUCGGCAUAUCAGAAGAUCUCAACAAAUGUUUUGUGAAUCUCUAUGCAUCUAUAUUGAAAUAUCUCCGUAAAAUGAGUAUCUAUCUGAAUCAUAAUACAGGAGGCCGAAUUAUCAGGAGCUUUUCCCAGGAAAUCCAGGACUUACUGAACGAUAUUAAAUCCAAACAGCAAGAGCUCAAGGAAAAGAUAGAUGUUGCGGAGAAAGAAGCCUCUGCCUCAAACCGUUUUGACCAGGACAAAAAUAUAAAGAAACUGCGAGGGCUUUUGAUAGAAAUACAGGAGCCAAUCGCGGGGACAUUGCACGUGGUAGAAAUUAUAUACAACGAAGUUCGAAACGAUAGACGACUCAAGAUCUUGACCUGGCUAUCGGAGGUCGAGUAUGAGAGUCACCACCUACUCUCGGUGCAGCGCCGACUACACGGCACAGGUUCCUGGCUGCAGGAGAGCGGGCACUUCAUCCGAUGGAGGGAGUCGGAAACGAACCCAAUUCUUUGGCUACGUGCAGAUGCCGGCUUCGGUAAAACAAUCCUAGCUUCCUCUGUCGUCGAUUCCUUUGAACAUCUAUCAACCAGCGAUGAUCACGUGGUGGCGUAUUUUUACUGCAAUUAUAAGGAACCUACCAGAAGGAGCACCGAGUCAAUUCUACGGACACUGGUAAAGCAGUUUUGCGUCAAGGGAAGAGGAGAAAAUAAAAUUCCCACACUCGUUGAUAGAAUUUACAAGGAGAGGGAAGCAAAGGGUGGUGCGAGGGGCCAACUUAGCACGGAAGAGAGCACAGAACUAAUAAUAGGUCUCUCCGAAGGGUACCAAUCGACAACAAUUCUUGUAGAUGCCCUUGAUGAAUGCGAUAUUCAGACACGCAGGGCUUUAUUUUCUGCAUUGCACAGGAUUGCGGAGACGGCUACCCGGGUCAAGAUUGUUGUGACCAGCAGAUAUGACGCCGACAUCCACCAGUUCUUUUCUGGGAUCCCAAAUUAUUAUAUUGAAGCAAAGGAUAAUUCCGCCGAUAUUAAUCUUUAUAUCGAGGCAGAACUCAAGCGACGCUGCGAUGGGAGUAACGUUCACUGUGAAGAUGCGCUAUUGCUUGGAGGAGAGGUUGACCAGGAUCUUCGAGAUUUAAUAACAGAAACGCUCCGGUCUAAAGCGAAUGGGAUGUUUAUGUGGGUUAACCUACAGAUUGACGCGUUGUGCGCUGCGCAAACUGCCGAAGAUGUCAGAUCUGCACUAAGUACGAUGCCAGAAACCUUGAACGAAACCUACCUCCAGGUCAUGGAGAGGAUUAAAGCGCAGGACCGGAAUGCCCAUCGGGUUGCAAAAGAGAUCCUAAAGUGGUUACUAUAUGCGCAGGAAGCUUGUACAACGGGAAGCGUCAUCCAGGCUCUUGCAGUAGAGCCAGAGAAGAAGAGUUUGAACAAGAGCGGACUCAGUUGGACAGUACUAAAGAUUAUGGGAAUCUGUAAGAACCUUGUUAUACAUGACAAAACUCUGAACAUCUUUCGGUUCGCGCAUUUCUCUGUCCAAGAGUUCCUACUCUCCCAGGCGGAAUACGAGAAAAAAACCUGCAAUUCAUAUAUAGCCAAGGUUUGCCUUACAACCUUACUAUAUCAUCAUGCGAGCGACCCGGUCCAAGAUCUAUAUACCUACGCCGCGAGGAACUGGGCAGCACAUGUUCGUCUGUCAGAGGCUACGUCUGGGAAAGUAGAGGAUCUUUCUAACAGGUUUUGGAAGUCUACCGCGUCCUAUAAGGCAUGGGGCUCCACAAUCACGAAGGUUGAUGGUGAUUUAGCGCUAUCGGAGGGCGGUGAGGCGGCGGCUUCCCCGUUCUGGGUCGCCUGUCAUUACGAGCUACAGUAUCUUGACACGCUUCUACUGCGCGUCUCAAAUCAAGAGUUGAAUUCUCGCAAUCGCGAUGGUCGGACCUCACUAUCCUGGGCAGCGGGGAAUGGCCGUGAGAAGGUGGUACAGCUGCUGCUGGAGAAGGAGGGAGUGGAUGUGGAUUCCAAGUCUAAUGGUGAACAAACCCCAUUAUCCUACGCGGCGCAGCGUGGCCAUGAGAAGGUGGUGCAGCUGCUGCUGGAGAAGGAGGGAGUGGAUGUGGAUUCCAAGGAUGCGGGUAGUCGGGCCCCAUUGUCCUACGCGGCGCAGAAUGGCUAUGAGAAGGUGGUACAGCUGCUGCUGGAGAAGGAGGGAGUGGAUGUGGAUUCUAAGUCUAAUGGUGAACAAACCCCAUUAUCCUACGCGGCGCAGCGUGGCCAUGUGAAGGUGGUGCAGCUGCUGCUGGAGAAGGAGGGAGUGGAUGUGGAUUCCAAGGAUGCGGGUAGUCGGACCCCAUUGUCCUACGCGGCGCAGAAUGGCUAUGAGAACGUGGUACAGCUGCUGCUGGAGAAGGAGAGAGUGGAUGUGAAUUCGGGAGAUAACACCAACUGGACCCCACUACACUAUGCGGCCAGGAAUGGCCACGUGGAGGUGGUACAGCUGCUACUAGAGAAGGAGGGAGCGGAUGUGGAACUCAAGGAUAGUGGUGGACAAACCCCAUUAUCCUACGCGGCGGAGCGUGGCCGGGGGAGGGUGGUACAGCUGCUGCUGGAGGAGGAGGGGCUGCAGGCGGAUUCCAAGGAUAACUAUGGAGAGACGCCAUUAUUUUGGGCGGCAAAGAACGGCUACGCGAGGGUGGUACAGCUGCUGCUGGAGAAGGGGGGAGUAGAUGCGAACCCUAAGAAUAGCGAUGGGGAGACCCCGUUAGAUAAAGCGCGUGUGAAAGGCUACUCGGAGGUAGUGAGGGUGCUAGAGACAAGGCUGGCGGAGCUGGCUAAUGUAUCGGACCCAGUCCAUCAGCUUCCGGUCGAGCGUAUAGCCGCUGAUGAGUAA